AUGACUUCACAACGCUUGGCCCUGGCCGGCCUCCUGGUUUCGACCCUUGCCUCCGCCGACGUCCCAAUCUCCGUGCAACACGAUGCCACCUAUAUGCUACCGGAAUCUCGCGGCUUGUCAUGCUCAGGAAACAGAGCUGCGCCGGCGGGCACGAGCUGUCCGAUGGCUGGAGACGUCGCUUCUGCUGACUGCCAACCAUACUUGUUAUCCUACAACGGAUCAGCGUGUGUCGCCCCGACUGAUGCGCAGUGCAUCAUCGUGGUCGACGACACGUGGGGGUGCGCGUUCCCUCAUACGGGAUACACUUCUGCCGCGGAUGCCGAAACGGCGGCGGUGUACAGUGCUGGAGGAGCUGAUUACGACCCGACUCAAGACGAGCCGCUCAGUGUAAACUGUGAUGUGGCGUCAGAUGAAAUUGCUGGUGUCACUGCAACAGGAUACGAGGGCAUCAGCACGACCACCGAAAGCCACGGCGGCACUGCUGGUGGUACGACGAUGGAUGGUGCCACUUACGGCGACUAUGGUGCUACAACCAUGACGACGACGGGCGUCAACCAGGAAUCGGUUGACUUUGGCGCAACCACUCCCACCGUUGACAAGAGCUACACGCAUGCGGAUGGUGACGAAACGACGGAUCACUACGGUCAGCACCAUCACAGCAAAGACGCCGCGUCUGGACACCACUGGCAACACCAUGACAGAACAGACAGCACGUCCGAUCACUUCCAGUCUGGUGGUGAAGGAUACAGCACGGCUCUAGAACACGUGGACGGCGGGUACGGCUAUGAAGCUGAGCCUACUGAGCCUUGCGAAGACACCGACAUUUCCGUGGGUGGUCCGGGCGGAAAGAUACACGUGGCUCACGAAACGACGGGCUCGCACGCGAUUCACAAGGCAUAUGACACUAUCGACGACCAUGUUGGAGAAGCUUAUCAAACAGGAGACGGCUACUCAUUUCAACAGAAUCUCCUAGUUGAUGAAGCGUACCCACCUCAACACGCUUACUCGACGGGAGACUCCCACUCGACUGGACACAUGCACUCAACGGAGCAUGCCUAUGGGGCUGAGCAGACGCAUCCAAUUCAUCUGACUCAUCCGUCCGAGCACGUGUACUCGAUUGACCAGCAUGCUUACUCAGCUGAGCAGGUUCACCCAUCUGAUCAUGUGUACUCGACUCACCAGACAUACUCACCUGAGCAGGCUCUUCCGUCGGAGCAUGUGUACUCGACUCACCAGACGUAUUCGGCUGAGCAGACCCAUCCGAUUCAACAUUCUCACUCGACUCACAAUGAUUACUCAGCUGAGCAGACUCACACGACUGAAAAGAACCACCCGUACAAGCAAUCCGAUCAAGCUUAUGGCGCCCACGACGACUACCUGUCUGCCCCAGCUUACAAGACGGACCAGACGGACGUUUCUCCUGACAUCAUUCCGGAUAUCGUAACGGUAGUCCCUGACAUCCUGACGAUUAUCCCCGACAUUUUAACGCUGAUCCCAGACACCCUGACGGUGAUCCCAGACAUCUUGACGGUUGUCCCAGACAUCUUGACGAUACUCCCAGACAUCUUGACGGUUGUCCCCGAUACCUUGACGGUCGUCCCGGAUGUCUUGACCGUCGUUCCCGACAUCCUGACCGUCGUUCCUGACAUUCUCUCGGUGGUCCCGGAUAUCCUCUCGGUGGUCCCUGACAUUCUCACGCUUGUCCCUGGUCUUUUGAGCGAAAGCGCGGUUACUGAAGAUGCCGAAACUGGUGUUUCAGCUCUUCCUGUCGCGUUGCCGGAGGCAUCGUUGUGA